CCCUGCAAAGCGGCCUUAUUUAUCUGGGCACAGCCUCAGCCUCCCCGGUGGGAGGCUCGGGGCGGCCGAUCCUCUCCCACCGGGGAGCUCCUCUCGGGGCGCGGCCGAGGGGGCCGGCCAGGCCGGCGCGGGGCGCUGGGCACGGCCGGGCCCUGCCGGCCAGGCCAGCACCUCGGCCGCCUCCCCGCUUCGCGGGCGCCCAUGCCGGGCUCCCCAUGACGGGAGGACGCCCGGCGGACAGCGUGGCAUGAGCCAGGAGCCCGGGCCGAGAGCUAGCGAGGAAGAUGUCGAGCCCGGGCAUCAACGGCGACUCCAAGCCUCCAUGCUUGCCUCGAAACGGCCUGGUAAAGCUGCCGGGCCAGCCCAACGGCCUGGGUGCAGCCAGUAUCACCAAGGGCACUCCGGCUGCCAAGAACCGCCCCUGCCAGCCACCACCCCCACCCACCCUCCCGCCACCCAGCCUGGCUUCCCCGAUGCCGAGGGCUGCCCUUGCGGGGGGCCUGUGCCCCGCCGCGGGGCUUCCCAUUGGUGGACCAGCCUCAGCGCCGGUGCCUGGGCCCCCAGCAGAGCGGCCACCGCUAGCCACAGACGAAAAGAUCCUCAACGGCCUGUUCUGGUACUUCUCGGCCUGCGAGAAGUGCGUGCUGGCCCAGGUGUGCAAGGCCUGGCGGCGCGUGCUCUACCAGCCCAAGUUCUGGGCAGGCCUGACACCCGUGUUGCACGCCAAGGAGCUCUACAACGUGCUGCCUGGUGGUGAGAAGGAGUUCGUGAACCUGCAGGGCUUCGCUGCGCGUGGCUUCGAGGGCUUCUGCCUGGUCGGUGUCUCCGACCUGGACAUCUGUGAGUUCAUCGACAACUACUCCCUCUCCAAGAAGGGCGUCAAGGCCAUGAGCCUCAAGCGCUCCACCAUCACUGACGCCGGCCUGGAGGUGAUGCUGGAGCAGAUGCAGGGCGUAGUGCGCCUCGAGCUGUCCGGCUGCAACGACUUCACCGAGGCGGGGCUGUGGUCCAGCCUGAGCGCGCGCAUCACCUCGCUGAGCGUGAGCGACUGCAUCAACGUGGCCGAUGACGCCAUCGCGGCCAUCUCACAGCUGCUGCCCAACCUGGCUGAGCUGAGCUUGCAGGCCUACCACGUGACGGACACGGCGCUGGCCUACUUCACGGCGCGCCAGGGCCACAGCACGCACACGCUGCGCCUGCUCUCCUGCUGGGAGAUCACCAACCACGGCGUGGUCAACGUGGUGCACAGCCUGCCCAACCUUACCGCGCUCAGCCUCUCAGGCUGCUCCAAGGUCACCGACGACGGCGUCGAGCUCGUGGCCGAGAACCUGCGCAAGCUGCGCAGCCUCGACCUCUCCUGGUGCCCGCGCAUCACUGACAUGGCGCUGGAGUACGUGGCCUGCGACCUGCACCGCCUGGAGGAGCUCGUGCUGGACAGGUGUGUACGCAUCACGGACACCGGCCUCAGCUAUUUGUCCACCAUGUCGUCCCUCCGCAGCCUCUACCUGCGAUGGUGCUGCCAGGUGCAGGACUUCGGGCUGAAGCACCUCCUGGCCAUGAGGAGUUUGCGUCUCUUGUCUCUGGCAGGCUGCCCGCUGCUGACCACCACGGGGCUGUCUGGCCUGGUGCAGCUGCAGGAGCUGGAGGAGCUGGAGCUGACCAACUGCCCCGGGGCCACCCCCGAGCUCUUCAAGUACUUCUCGCAGCACCUACCCCGCUGCCUCGUCAUCGAGUAGCGCGGGGCCUUCCGCCCCCGUCGCAGGAACCCGCCGCGCUCCGGGCGGGGACGCGGGGGCGCCGCUGAGCC